AUUCCGGGUUAGUUCUUCGUUCUAGUGAGUACACGGAUUAUACAUCAAAGGGUGAACAUCAUGCGCGUUUUUGUGUUGUUUGCCGCGUGUAUGGCGGUUGCUACCGCCGACAUUGGUCUGAAGCUGCGCCAGGAAUACGACGCCGGAUAUAACGCAGGUCUUGCCGCUGCUCGUGCGGGUGCCCAACCCGGAGGUUCUGGAUUUGGCGGACCUUCUGCUGCAGCUUCUGCCGAAUCCAGUGCCGCAUCGAGAUUCGGCGCAGGUGCUCCUGGAUUUGGCGGAGGUUUCGCUGGAUCUAAUGCCGGAUCAGGAUUCGGCGGAGGCUCCUCAGCAAAUGCUCAAGCACAGGCGAAAACCCAGGUCAAAUACAACGUUAGGCCAGAGAUCAUCAAAAAGCACUUCUACUAUCACGCCUCUCCUGAGGCUGAGGCCAAAGCCGAUGCUCAGGCUAUCGUCAACAUUCAACCUCAGACGCACUACAAGGUCCUGUUCAUUAAGGCUCCGAAUCUAUCUGCUAGCGCUGGUUCUCGUUCCGCUGCUCGUACCCAAACUAAAGAAAAGACCAUUGUGUAUGUGUUGGUUAAUAAACCGGAAGCUAAUGCAGAUGCUGGGGCCGAUGCCGCGGUCGAUACCUACACCAGUGGCAAACCGGAGGUUUACUUCAUCAAGUAUCAAGGCAAAUCUGAUGCUGGUGCUAGCGCGAGUGCUAAUGCCAAUGCUGGCGCGGGUGCUGGUGGUUUCCCAAGCGACUUCGCAGGUGCUGAUGCUUCUGCUUUCGCCGAUGCGUUCGGUGGUCCUCGUAGCGAUGCUUUCGGCUCUUCUGAUGGUUUUGGAGCCCCUGAUGGAUUUUCGGCGCCUUCGUUCGAGGCUCCUGCUGGAUCGGACGGAUCAUCGUUCAGUGGUGCUCAAAGCGAUGCUUUUGCUGCUUCAGGUUCUUCGGCUCCCAAAGCGGGUGGCGAUGGAGGCUUUGACGUUACCUUCGAACCUGUACCGACAUUCCUCGCCGAUGCUGCUGCUGACGCGUCCGCUAGUUCAGGCGUAGGGGGCAGUAAUGCCGGUUUUUAAGAGAUGACCUUGAAGCUCUUUUCAACAUGGCAGAGCGGUUAACGUACAAACAAAUGAGGAGAUUGUUAAUUACUUUUUAUAGAAGUGUGAUCGAAAUUUUGUUAGGACGCAAAGCGAAAAGAUGCCGCAACGAACAAAAGAAAAAAAAAACAGUAAGAAAGAGAGAGAGAGAGAUAAAAAUCAUAAUUCGAAUAGGACUGCCUUCGAAGUUUGUAGCUAAAAGCAAUCUUCGUAUUAUGUUUAAGAUGUGCGAAAUGCAAACUGUGAAUAC